AUAAAACGAUGUCUCUAGGCAAUAACUGCAACAAGGACACACUGUGCGUUCACUUCUUCGUGAUCGUGAUUCAAACAACUCUUUUCAAUUCUCAAUACUGGGCUAUAGCCUCUUGCUCAACCAACACUUUCACACAACAAAAGUUUCAGGCUUCUCGUUCCACAAUCGCCACUCGAGAAAACACAGGCUUGUCUAACACAAGGCAACGGAAUGCACUUUCUUGUUCAGUGCGAGAAAUGGGGCUGUAUGCCAAAUAGGAUUACAGCAGUCAAGUACGACUGAAGGAGAUUGGAGGUGUUGGAUUACUGGACUUGGGGUGGGUCG